ACAGAUAUUACGGUAACAGCUCUCUUUGCGUCACAGCGGAAGGAGGUUUGCGUGCCUUUGUGAGAUCCCAUUAGUUGUAGACCGGGUGGAACAUGGAGUGUAUUCCAGUAAGCAUUGAUGAUCUUGAAGGCAAAAAGGAUCCAAUCAUUGAAGAACGAGAGCAAAAUGUUUACACCAGGUUUAUGAAGUCGCACCGCUGCUACGACCUCGUGCCCACUAGUUCCAAGUUAGUGGUGUUUGAUACGUCGCUUCAGGUGAAGAAGGCGUUCUUUGCGCUUGUUUCAAAUGGGGUGAGAGCAGCUCCUCUGUGGGACAGCAAGAAGCAGUGCUUUGUGGGUAUGCUAACUAUCACAGACUUCAUUAACAUUCUUCAUCGCUACUACAAGUCUCCCUUGGUUCAGAUAUACGAGUUGGAAGAACACAAAAUUGAAACAUGGAGAGAGGUGUACCUUCAAGACUCCUUCAAGCCUUUAGUUUGCAUAUCUCCCAAUGCCAGUUUGUAUGACGCGGUGUCGUCUCUGCUGAGGCACAAGAUCCACAGGUUGCCUGUAAUCGACCCGCUGACAGGGAACACGCUGUACAUCCUCACACACAAGAGGAUUCUUAAGUUCCUGAAGCUUUUUAUAUCGGAGAUGCCAAGAGCCUCGUUCUUGAAUCAGACUUUAGAGGAACUGAACAUUGGGACGUUCAAGAACAUAGCAGUUGUCCGAGCAGACACCCCUCUGUACACGGCGCUGGGUAUUUUUGUGGAGCAGCGAGUGUCCGCGCUCCCUGUUGUGGAUGACAAAGGUCGAGUGGUGGACAUAUACUCGAAAUUUGAUGUCAUAAAUCUGGCUGCAGAGAAGACGUACAACAACCUGGACGUGACUGUGACCAAGGCGUUGAAGCAUCGCUCGCAGUACUUUGAGGGAGUCCUGACCUGCAACAGACACGAGACCCUGGAAGCCAUCAUCACCAGACUGGUGGAGGCCGAGGUUCACAGACUCGUGGUCGUCGAUGAGAACGAAGUGGUGAAGGGAAUCGUCUCCCUUUCCGACAUCCUCCAGGCGCUGGUGUUGACCGACGGAGAAGAGGGCACAACUUUAGGGAGUAAUUAGGAAUGCUGUUUUGGGAUGAGACCAGAGCAAAGGGAAAGCACAAGCAUGUGGGAGGCUCAGUGAGAGAAUGCGUCGUCAUCUCCGAUAACGCCCACACAGAAAGACUUCUCUGUCUCCGCAGUUUUAGCAAUACUGAAAUUUAUACCUAGUAGCACAGGACUUAUAAAAACUUCUUUAAAUUGAGCCAAAUUCAAAGCCCCCAGUAGUUGACCAGAGAUUUGAAAGAAGAAGAAAUGUGAAGAAUGCAGCACAGUCACCAUCUCUGCCCUUUUAAUAGUUUAUGAAGUAAUUUAAAAAAAAAA